AUGAUUAAGACGCUGGAGAGCCUAGGUUUUCAACCUCCUCUAUCACAACUACCAGAGUACUACAUCCCGACUCCCGAGAUUGCGAAGAUUGACCUCAAUCACCCCACUGAAGUCACAACCGAGAAGGAUGAUGAGCAGGUGGAACCAAUGGUGAACGCAAGUGAUUGGGAGAUGUUUCUGGAGGUUGAAGGUGGUGAAGCGAGCUUAGGAGGAGGUGGAGGCGAUCUGUUUGGAUCAACCGGCCCAACAAUCUGCAAGGCGGAGGUCGGCUACACACCCGACAUCGAGGAAUUGCUGGCUUCGUUGAAGGCACCGUUGGACGUGGUACAUAAUGUUGAUCCCCAAGAAGUUCUCCGUUCUCUGGAAAAAUGGCUGCCAGCAAUUCAAAAGGAAGUUAAAAGCGUGGAGCAUGCCAUCGAGAGAUUGAGGAGGGGGACAGCGGCACGUGCUGGUUGGCUGCAAAGGAAGGGGGUCCAACGACUUCCCACCAAGUUCGUCUACACGGUGAAGCCGAAUGACAAGGCCGACCUCAAUGACCCGUCGACCUGGUUCAAGCGAAAGGCUCGGCUGGUGGUUUGUGGCAAUAUGGCAGUCAAUAGCAAUCCCGACCUCUUCACUGAAUCAGCUCCGGCUGAAGCAGUCCGAGCGGCUCUGACCCUCACUUGCAAGAACCAGUGGUCGGUGGGAAUACUCGAUGUCGUCACAGCCUUCUUGAAGACACCCAUUGGAAGAUCCACAAGGGCUCCCGUCGUGGUAGUCCAGCCACCCAAGCUGUUGGAACGCUUGAAGAUCAUCGAGGAGUUCGAGCUUUGGGGCCUAAUUAAGGCGCUAUAUGGACUCAAGGAGUCACCUCGCUUGUGGGGAAGCUAUAGAGACCAUGAGCUGGAGUCCCUCACCCUGACGAUCAAUGAUAAGAUCCUGCAGCUCAGAAAGGGAAAGGCGGUGGCUGCGUGGUGGACCGUCUUGGGCUCUAACCAGGAGAUCAUGGCAGUUAUCGUGAUCUAUGUGGACGAUUUCAUGAUCUGUGGUAGUCGGGAAACCAUCGUGAAGUUGGCCCAGGGGAUCCAAGGACUAUGGGAAACCACGGAAUUGCAGAUGAUAUCGCCACAACAACCCGUUCGGUUCUUGGGAAUGGAGAUAUGUCUUCGGGGAGGAGGAGAAGAACCAAUGUCCUUUGGAAUCACCCAAGAAGCCUACAUCCGCGAGCUCCUAAGGACGAGGAAGGUUGCCGCCACCCAGUUGGAUCGUGUUCCGUUGAGCAAGGACUCAGCAUCUUUCUCCGUCUUGGACAACGACAUCCCACCCAAUGACUUUGAUGUCCACUUGGCCCAACAACUCACAGGAGAGCUGCUUUGGGUUUCUCAGCGGAGCCGCCCGGAGCUGUCAUUUGUGACCUCACUCAUGUCGGCAUUGACCACGAAGGCUCCAAGCCGAGUGAUCACAAUUGGUAUGAAGGCCCUGGGGUACUUGCAGCGAACGCAAGCCCGACAAUUGACCAUCGGCUACGACGGGUCUGGCUUAGCGCUAUUCUGUGAUGCGGCCUAUGCUCCGGAAUCUGGAAGGUCGCACUCGGGAUGGGCGGUGUUUUGGGCUGGCUCAGCAAUCGUAUGGAGAUCGGGAAGGCAAAGUGUGAUAUCGCUCUCCACGGCGGAGAGUGAACUUAUCUCCAUGUUGGACGGAGCGGUGGCAACCCUGGGAGUGGAAGCUUUGCUACAGGAUAUUGGGGUGGAGGUCUCAGCACGUACCAUCUACACCGACAGCACCUCUGCUUUGGCAAUUUCGUCUGGUAGUGGUGGAUGGCGUACUCGGCACCUCCGCAUAAAGGCUGGGUGGCUGCAAGAGCAGCUGGAUGCUGGCAUCAUCAUGGUGAAGCACUGUGCUGGAAGAAUUCAGCUAGCAGACCUAUUAACAAAGGCCCUCGCUGCCCAGAGGAUCAAUGACCUCCUCAGUCUUUGGGGAGUGACCGACAGCUCAUCGACAAGCAGAACAGAAACGUCAUCGAGUUCUGGUGGAGCGGCUAAGGUUCUGCUGGCCCUCGUGUGCUGCCUACUGAUAGUGGGAGCUAAGGCGGAAGAGGAGGCCCUUGGAGUUCAGAGUCGACUUUCUGUUGAUUGGGACUUGGUGGGGUGGCUACUUCUGUUUCUGGCGGUCGCAGGGGUUGUGGCAAUAUGGGAGGCGAUGAAGUGGGUGACCACUGAAGUAUGGGAUUGGACUCCAGGGUCAGGAACGAGGAAGUUGAGAAAGCUUCAAAGGUUGGAGGUAGCGACAAGAAGGGCGAUUGAGGCAGAGAUUCGAAGGCGAGCCAAGGAGGAGAGCGAUGAUGCGACCCCUUCGACCCGGCCAACUACUUCUUCGACCCGACCAGCUACUUCUUCGACCCAACCAGCUACUUCUUCGACCCGACCAGCUACUUCUUCGACCCAACCUGCCACUCUGUCGACUCUCAAUGACAAGCUCCGAAUCCAAGCGCCAGCACCGAUGAAUCCGACUGGAAUGUCCACAACACCGAGAUCUACACGUGAUUCGCAACAACCGAGCCAUCUACAGAGAUCUCCAGCAACCAGCACUACGAGCUAUGGCGACUGGAAUGAAGGUGAGUUUCCUUCAGAUCGCACAAGGGUGUGCAUUGACGUUAUCAUGCUCAUGGUGGUGGAGGAGAUCAAGACUGGACUUCGUGAAGAAGGCUUGUCGCUUACUGGCACGAAGGAAGUUUUGGCGGCGAGGUUGGCGACCCACAUCGAGGAGGGAGUGUUCCCAGCGAGGGAAUUGCCCACCACGAGACAGCUGAAGUAUGUCCUCUACAUCUGGCGAGAAAGGAACUUGGCUUUCAAGGUACAUCUCAACGACCGCUUCCUCGUGGGCCGUUUGUUUGCUCAGGGAAGGGCUGCGGAACAAGCCCCUUGUGCCUGCGACAGUGCCUACGAAGGAAGUGGACCGGGGGCACCGGCGACGGCGCAGGUCCCCCUGGAGUGGGGCAAAAGCCUCGUCCUCGCCCGGAAAGGGCUUGUGUCCGGAACUCUCCUCAUCUUCACCGGCGACAAGAAGCGUGAGAGACCUGUCGAUGUCAACUCUCUGGAGCCCGCGGUGAAGAGAGCCCUGGUUUCUGUGGUGCAACGCGGCAAAGGUGUGCCUGACGAGAGAACACAAUCCGGCUGGCAUCGUGUGGAAUCCCUCUUCUCGGCAUUUACGUUGGGAGACCAUUUCUUGUGUGACGGCAUCUUCUUUUUUUACCACCCAAGGCUGGUCUCACCGCGGCCCCUCGCACGGGCGUCUGGGGGCUCAGGAGGAGACUAUAGAGUGGUCCGACUUUGCCUGGGCUCCAUCUGCGAGGCCUCACGGGAUCGGCUCUCGCUGCAGGCGGGGCCUUGCGAGGCGCUGCUGGCGCCGAACUACGGGCCGCCCGUGGGCCUCCUCUGCGGCGCGGCCGAGCAACCACGGGCUCCCGCGCCGCUCCCUGCGCGAGUUCCGCCACUCUUCGUUGCUUCCGUGGGUGGAGUGCAUUGCGUCCUCUCUCACGAGGUUCUCGCUUUGCCGCUGCCGAAUAUCCGGGCAGUGGCUGCCGCACCACGGCGGAGUGGUUCAGGCUCUCGCGGCCCCUGGAAUGGCCUGGCUUGCCUUGUGCUCCAGGGCGACGGCAGCCUCCGCAUGAUCAACCUCUGGGAGAAGGACGAAGCAGAGAGGGACUCGCUGUUGCCGGAGGAGCAGCGCAGCUACCGCCUUGUGGCCAGCCAGGUCGAGGUUCCCGUGCCGUUGCCGAGGACGCCGAUGCUACUUCACCUGCUCAAGCCGGACCCGAGGAUGUCAGGCACCUCCCACGCAUCGCUCCUCUAUGCCGGGCAGACGGGCGAGAAGCUAGAUGUGGCUGUGCUUGGCCUGGAGCGGGCCACGCAGGGCCUCCGCGCCGUGCGGCGCUCCGGGGCAGAGCUGGAGGGUGCCUGGCGGACCGUCGCAGGUGCCCUGGAGGAAGCUCCCAUCUCUUGCGCAGCGGCGUGGCCAGGCCUCGCAUGUCAGCAGCUUUGCGUGGCUCUGCCAGGAGCUGAGGCCGACCACCUGGAGCUCUGGCAGCUGGGCUCUCGGACUCGCAAGGGAGGGGAGUCCUCUUGGUGCUUGGCGCUUGAAGGAGAGCCUGGCAAGGAGCCAUUUCCCAGCUCGAGUUGGCCUUCGGAUGCAAGCCUCCUGCUGGUGGAGGAUCCAGGAGACGCGGCGCAGCUGCUGGCUGUGACAUCGCGGAGCGCAGGGACCACCCGCCUCAUGCGCUGGGCCAGGGAGCCGGGCCUCGACGCAAAGCCCGCCGAGGCUGGACAGAUUCACGGUCACUCCCUGCUGCUCAGGCUCUUCCGUCAAGAGCACAGCACCAUGAUGGCGCAGGUCAGCGAGACCUCGCUGGCCAUCUUCGGGGCCCCACCUGCCUGGGGGCAAGGUGCUGAGCCUGCGGAAUGGAAGGAGCUUCACUCCGAGCCGAUCCAUCCCUUCUGCAGCCACGCGGCCUCCUGCACAGGCUGCCGCGGAGAGCUCUGGCUCUUCACCAGCGCCGGGCCGGCGCUGCUGAAGAAGGAGGUCACCCGCCAGGGCCGCCAGCUACGCGUGCAGCCGCGGGGGGCAAAGGCUUUCACCCAGCAGGUCGCGGCCCUGUCUUGCAUUGAUGCGCCCGGCGGUCGUGUGAGGCAACUUCUCAUCGCGUCCCUGUGGACCCUGGCCGAGAUUGUGGUCUUGGAUGCGGAGGAUUUGCAGGAGGUGUGCCACUACCGCCACGACUUGUCCAGCUGCCUCCUCUCUCUGCAUCCCAUUCCCGAUGCCAGCGCCCCCGACUCCGCGGAGAGAGCCGGAGGAGCCUGGUCCCUGUUGGCGGGCAGCGCCGACGGGCACCUGCUGCUGCUGCGCUCCGGGGGCUCAGGCCUGGAGCUCCAGCGCGCCUGGCGGUUGGCAAGACGGCCGAUUCGACUCCUGGGCUUGGGCCACGGUGCUGCCGCGCGGGCGGCAAGUGGCGAGGGCUUCCUGCUGCGCCCGCCCUCCUGGGAGUUGGAGCCGCUGCUGUCCUCACAUCUUGGGGUAGCCUGUAGCUGCUCACCGACGUCUGUGCUGGCUCUGGUCCAUGGUGAGAAGGGCACAUGCCUGGGUCCUGUGGAGGCGAAGUUGACGAAGGACGGGGCACGACACAGCGUCUUGCGGAGUGCAUCGGCCCAUGGUGAGGUUCUGGCCCUCAGCUUCAUGCCGGCACCCAAGCCCUCCAUCCUGGCCCUCCUCCAGCGCCGGGCGGCGGGCGGCCGCCAGCUGUGCCUGGCCAGCUUUGGCCCCGACCUGAACCUGCUGUGCGCUGUGCGCCUCGAGGAGGAUCGGCAGCUCUGGCCAUUGGGGCGGCCCACGGCUUGGCUUUGGGACCUGGGUUUGCGGUGA